UGAGCGAACGCGAGUGCGAAGGAACGAAAGCGGUUACGUGCCGAGCAUUGGCGGAACCGCAGGUAUAUAAGCUUUGCCUUAAAGAUUGUCGGCCAGUCGAUUGUUGCACUCGUUAGUCCUACAGACCGCCAACAUGGCUAAACACGUAGGACCAUGGUUGCUCAUGGGAAUGGCCGUGGUGUGCUCGGUCGUCGCAAUGUCUUCGGCCCGGGAGGUCGGAAAUUUGACAGGAGACCUGGAGGUGGCUGCUUCUCAUCAUCACCAUCAUGGUCAUCAUCACGAGCACGGUGGAGGCCACGAGCAUCAUUCCCACCACCAUGGUGAACACGGUGAGAAGGGUGAAAAGGGUCACAAAGGACACCAUCACCAUCACCAUGGCGAACACGGCCACCACGGCAAGGAGCAUCACGAGGGUCACCAUCACGAGCACGGUGGACAUAAGAAGGGUCAUCACGAUGAGCACGAUGAGCAUGGCCAUCACCAUGAGCACGAGCACGGCCACAAGGAGCACAAGUUCGGCCAUGGAAAGGGCCAUAAGAAGGGCGAGAAGACCCACGGUUACCAUCAUAAAGCCCACAAGGAUGAGUACCACAAGGAGCACAAGUUCUACGAUGAUCAUCACAAAGGUGGCCACCAUGAGAAACACGGCGAUCAUCACGAGCAUCACCAUGGUAAGGAAGGCCACCACAAGAAGGGUGGACACCAUCAUUCCGGCCACCAUGAGGACCACCAUGGUAAGAAGGGCCAUCACGACAAAGGACAUUACGACGAGGACCACCACGGCCAUCACGGCAAACAUGGUCACGAGGAGCAUCAUCACCAUCACGAGGAUUACGGCAAGAAGCAUGAGCACCAUGGCGGCAAGAAGCACGGAUAUCAUCACGGCCAUCACGGUCAUCAUCAUCAUCAUUGAUCGGGUCAUCACGACCAUCAUCAUCAUGAGGGCCACCACGGCAAGAAGGGCCAUCACGAGAAGGGGCAUCAUCAUCACGACCACAAGGGCCACAAGGGUCAUCACGACCACGAAGAGCAUCAUCAUCAUCACCAUCAUCACGGCAAGAAGGGCGGUCACGAGCAUCACAAAAAGUGGGAUCACAAAAAGGGACACUGAGCUUUCCCCAUUUUAUCCGGGGAGAUACCACCAGCUGGUUUUUCUGUUUCUUUUUGAUGGAGUCCUCGCUUUCGUUCCUUCCAGGACGGAGAAUAUAAUCCAGGGAUAUAUAUAUUUGCGGCUUAGGUACAUGCUCGCUCACGAGAGAAUCGCUUGCAUCGUUUUAUCUGUUGAUUAUUAAUCGUGCAUACGUUGUAACAUUGUUGAAAUAUAAAGUGUUAUACGUUUAACACGCUUUUUGCCCUGUUAUAAUGUGUUGCGCAAACGGCGCGACGUGUAUGCAGCAGCAGCAUAAAUUAUCCCCCCGCGCCUGUGAGAACACGAUGACAGAAGUGUCGCGCGAAACGGGACGAGCUGCUUUUUAGGGGCUUUAUUUCCUGACCGGAGUAAGAAGAUUUUUGCGCUGUCGAGAAAAUUAUGGAUGCGACAGCAACAUUUGACACCACGGGGAUUGUAAUACACGCGACAUUUAAUUCGCCGUGAUAUGUAGCAGACAGCCCCGCGCAUAAAUCAGUAAUUAACUGAUUAUAUCAGGAGCCCCUGCCCCCCACCCCCUUUUCCCCGCGCCCUCCCACGUUUCCUUCAUAGCUUCAAUAGAUGUACAGCCAUUGAGCGCUGCAAACUGUGGGCAUCAUAAAUUACCAGCACGCCGGGAGAGAGGGGGAGGGAAGAGAGAAAGAGGAAAAGACAGGGAGAGAGAGAGAGAGAGAGAGAGAGAGAGAGAGAAAAUCUUAAUAAAAAUUCCUAUAUUCCAGCUAUUUAUCAAAUUUCGAUAUUAAUAAGCGGCAUUAAAUACAAUACACCGUCGGUUAAUGCAUUAUCGGAUGACGGCGCAAAUAUAAAGCGCGCACUCUCGCGG